AUGUGGGCUUUGGAUUUAGGGGAAGAAAGAUGUAUGUCACGAAGGCCUUUAUCUACACCAAAUGGACCAAAAUUCCCCUUGAGUUGUGUAAAGAUGAAACCAAGGGAGAGUAAUCUCGACAGAGUGCCCCCAGGCGUCCAGUCCCGGCCACUCUCUCCAUAUUGCACCAGGCGUUUCUUCCAGGACCAGCCAGCUCAGCUGAACCUUGGAUAUACUUUCAAAAUACCUGGAGAAAGCAAACCUCCGUUUGUAGUAAGACACGUGGACAGUGCAAAGCCCUUUGGUGAGAACAGUUCACAGCAUCAUUCCCAGAAGUCUAGAAGAAAACCUAACUUUUCAAACUUUCCAUUUCCAGUGAGAAGAGCGUCUUCUCUUGACAGCCUUGGAGCUAACGUGAAGGAAACUUCAUUUGACACCUCCCAGCACUCCAGAUCUCCCAGCCCUCUUCUGGAUCAGCCCCUUCUCCGAGAAAGGCCCCACCCCGGGUCCCAGUCCACAUGGAAGAAGAUCCAUGAAAGGGUCUGCAGUCUUCUGACAUCCCACAGAGCUCAGCAACACCUAAACAAGGAAGAAUCCAUCUCUGAAGUACAGAAUAUCCUCGACAGACCAGGCUACCCUCUGAAGAAAUACCGUGCACAUGAACAGAAAUAUUUUUAAGCUGCUGUCCUAUGGGAGACUGAAUGAAAGCUGCAGGAGUAUCAUGAAGAGCUCACUCAAUGAGUCAACUGAACAACCGUUUUUGUUCUGUGUAUCAGAUCACCAGUGUUUGACCCCCUUUAAAUCAAACCUGUACCCAGUCUCUUGUAACCAGGUAAGAGUCACUGAUUAAAGUGUUUGGGGCUCAUGUUUUCUUGUCAAGCUGGACUGUUUGUGUUUCAGUUUGUAUGUUUGUUUUGAGCUUGAAAUAGAAAGUAGCAAUAGUUGGGUGGUAGGUUCUUCUCCAUUUGGAAAGCACUUCUUAAAAUUUUGAUGAAAAUGUCAAGAUGCCUCUUCAGAUGUUCCUUAUUUUUGGCAGUGGAUAUGUUUUUGAAAUGUUCUAUUUUUUCCCCCUCCUUCCUCUUUUUUCCCUCCUCCCCUCUUGCCCUCAGCUCUCCCCCACCUCUAUUUCCCUUCUCUUGACUUCCCGUCCUGUCCUUUCCCCAUUCCUUCCCUUUCCUCUUACAUUGUCCAUGAGCUCGAGGAAACUGCUAUUUAGAAGGAUAAUCUGAUAUAUCCUCCAGAAAAAAAGACUAUCAUUCUGAUUUUCCAUUUUUGGUAAAUCUCUUCUCUGUGUA